AAAAUAAUUUCCAUGAGAUCUUCCCCAAAAGCAGAACAGAGAGUUGUGCAACUUCCCCCCAACCACCCUAAUAGCAGGUCACACUAUGUUCUGCAAGAUAUUAUAAUCCAAGAAACAAAACGAAAAAAAAAUCAACAACGACGGCGAAAACAUAAGUCGUUUAUUUGUUGAGGUUGUCUCAUUUUUUACAAGCUUGUGGUUGUGGGUUCAUGUCAAUAGAUAUAUACUAGCUAGCAACCUCUGCUCCACAAAGUAUCUUUCAUGCGAUCAAACUUAUGGAAGAAAUUGAUAUAUAUCUUCUUCCAUCUCCACAAUCUUGCACUGAGCUUACUUCUGUUCAUCCAAGUUAUAACUUAGAAAUGGCGGCUGCGGCGCCUCCAAUGCGUCAGACCUCACGGCGGCGCUUGCUGGUGUUGUGCUGUGUGGUGGCCUUUGGCCUACUGAUGGACACCGCUGGAGCUCAAACUAGAACUACUAAUGCCACUGCCACCACCCAUCCCCUUGAAGCAAGAGCACUAAACGCCAUGUUCCGACGAUGGGGGAUUUCAGCCACAAACAACUGGAACAUUAGCGGUGAAUUAUGCAGCGGUGUAGCCAUUGAUGACACAGAAGUUAUAACCUUAAACCCUGGCAUCAAAUGUGACUGCUCCUACAAUAAUGGCUCUACUUGCCACAUUACUGCUCUGAGAGUUCAAGCAUUGAAUGUCAGCGGUCCGAUUCCAGACGAGCUCUGGAGCUUAACCUAUAUGGACGAUCUGAAUUUAGGCGUAAAUUAUUUGACGGGUCCAGUUCCAGCAUCCAUUGGCAAUCUCAGUCGCAUGCAGUACUUGAACUUUGGUGCAAAUGCAUUAUCAGGGGUGAUUCCAAGGGAGAUUGGAUUACUAACUGACUUAAGAUCAUUGAGCUUUAAUACAAACAACUUCUCUGGUCCUUUGCCCUCUGAACUUGGGAACCUGUCAAGGCUAGCACAGAUAUAUAUUGAUAGCUCUGGAGUCAGAGGACCAAUACCUCCAACCUUUGCUAAUCUUCAGAGCUUGGAGAGAGUGUGGGCAUCAGACACUGAACUCACAGGCCAGAUCAGCUUCAUUGGAAAUUGGUCAAACCUCAUUCAACUGAAGCUUCAAGGAAAUUUAUUUGAAGGUCCAAUACCACCAUCGUUUUCUGGUUUAACGUCUUUGAAUGACUUGAGGAUAAGUGAACUGUCUAAUGGCAUCUCUUCACUCGACUUCCUCAGAAAUAUGACUUCUCUAGCUACCUUAGUUUUGCGGAAUAAUAAUAUUUCUGGUUCCAUUCCUUCAUUUCUUGGUGAACUUCCGCGUUUGGCUCUAGUGGAUUUGAGCUUCAACAAUUUAAUGGGAACAAUUCCAAAUUCUCUUUUCAAUCACGGGGUUCUCACUAACUUGUAUCUUGGUAAUAACCGGUUAACCGGAGCACUGCCAUUGCAGAAGAGUCCAUCUAUCAAAAAUAUAGAUUUAUCAUACAAUGAACUAUCAGGAAGCUUUCCGUCUUGGGUUGGCGAGCAGAACUUACAACUUAAUUUGGUCGUAAACAACUUCACCACUGGUAACUCUAAUGGCAGUGCUUUACCUUCUGGAUUGAAUUGUCUUCAGAGGAACUUUCCUUGCCAUCGAGGAUCUCCUAUUUAUUCCAGCUUUGCAAUUAACUGUGGUGGGAUGCAGAUUAGGUCCUCUGAUAAGAUCAUAUAUGAUAUGGAUAAUGAUCCUCUUGGUCCAGCAACACAUUAUAUGACCCCUACCGGCAGAUGGGCAGUUAGCAAUGUUGGUCUGCCUGUUGACGGUGAUAGCCCACAAUAUCAAAGCUCCACUUCAUCCCAAUUUACAAAUACUUCGGAUCCGGGGUUGUUCCAAACUGCGAGAAUUUCAGCGGGAUCAUUAAGAUACUAUGGUUUGGGCCUGGAGAAUGGUAAUUACACUGUCAGACUCCUGUUUGCUGAGACAAUAAUUCUUAGUACUUGGAGAAGGAGGAGUAGGGGAAGUCGUGUGUUUGAUAUAUAUGUCCAGGGGAAUCUGGAAGUGAAAGAUUUUGACAUACUAAGAGAGGCCAAUGGAAUCUCUUUUAGAGCUGUUGUGAGGGAAUUCAAUGUUCAAGUGUUGGAAAAUUAUAUUGAAAUCCAUCUCUUUUGGGCAGGAAAAGGGACUUGCUGUUCACCUGCCUAUGGUACAUAUGGGCCUUUAAUUUCAGCAAUAAGUGUAACUCCAGAUUUCGUUCCUUCGGUCUCAAACAAUCCUCCUGGUGGGAACAAGAAGCGGACUGGUCUGAUUGUGGGGAUCAUAGUUGCAGUUGCGGUCAUUGUUGCAAUUUUGCUCUCUAUAGUGGCCGGAACAUGUUAUAUCUUUCAGAGAAGGAAAAGGCAGAAAAAGCUUGAGGACAAAGAGUUGUUGGGGCUUGAUGUGCGACCUUACACCUUCAGUUAUACCGAACUUAAAACUGCAACAGAUGACUUUAACCUUGCUAACAAGCUAGGCGAGGGAGGAUUUGGACCUGUUUACAAGGGAACACUUGAAGAUGGAAGAGUAGUCGCCGUUAAACAAUUGUCUGUUGCAUCGCGUCAAGGAAAGACUCAGUUUCUGGCAGAGAUUGCGACUAUAUCUGCAGUGCAACACCGUAAUCUUGUGAAACUAUACGGUUGCUGCAUUGAGGGAGAUAAACGUUUGCUCGUUUAUGAAUAUCUCGAGAACAAGAGUCUUGAUCAGCUAUUAUUUGGAACUGUUGGAACAGAGAGUAAAUAUUUAUAUCUCGACUGCACAACACGUUACAACAUAUGCUUGGGGGUAGCAAGGGGCCUUACUUAUCUUCAUGAGGAAUCUCGGUUGCGAAUUGUUCACAGAGAUGUGAAGGCCAGCAACAUUCUACUUGAUUCCGACCUCACCCCUAAAAUCUCCGAUUUUGGCUUGGCCAAAUUGUACGAUGAUGAUAAGACCCAUAUAAGCACUCGAGUUGCAGGCACAAUAGGGUAUCUAGCACCUGAAUAUGCAAUGCGUGGACGACUUACCGAGAAGGCUGAUAUAUUCAGCUUUGGAGUUGUAGCUCUGGAGAUCAUUAGUGGAAGGCCGAAUUAUGACCCAAGUUUUCAACAUGAGAUGAGAUAUCUUCUUGGAUGGGCUUGGAAUCUGCACGAAAAUGAUAGGGAAAUUGAGCUGGUCGACCCAACUUUACCACCACAAUAUGAUGCAAAUGCAGUGAAAAAGAUCAUCCAUGUAGCUCUUUUAUGCACGCAAGCGUCGCCAGCCUUACGGCCCUCAAUGUCCCGUGUGGUGGCAAUGCUCACCGGAGACGUUCAGGUGUCGUCCGUCACUUCAAGACCGGGAUACCUAACCGACUGGAAGUUCACCGAUGCAACUACUUUCGCGACGGAUGCCGAAAGCUCAACAUCAAAAGCUAAUAUUGGUUAUAUGAAUUCAACAACGAGUGCAACCAUGAUAGCUGAUGGUUCAACACCAACAACUGAUCUUAGUUACAUGAAUUCGACUACAAGUGGGGGCAGCCAACGGUGGAUUCAAGAUUGUGUAUAGCAACAUUUUAGACAGUUUAAAUAUUUGUUUGUUGCCCAUUUUAGGGUGAAUUGCAUUGACACUUUCGAAUUAUGUUUUAUACAAACACACACCUUCUAUUAUUUGUAAAAUUGUAAGUACACUUGUUGUAAUUAUUAAUACGCCU